AUGGUGGCUCGUAAUACUCCUGAUGGUUAUGCUGACAUUAAAUGUGGUAGGUUAAAAAGGAAUAGAAACAGAUGUUUUUGUAGUCAUUUAAAAACUAAAUCAACUAAACCACUUUCUGACAAAGAACUACUUUCACAAGCUUUCAGUUUUUGCCUAGAAAAUAAAGCUAGAGAACUAGAAAAAGAGUUAUCAAUUACCAAAGAAGAAUUAAAAAUUGAAAGAGAAGAAAUAGUCAAGUUUCAGGAAAAUCUGAAGAGUGAAUUUAUCUUAGGUCAUCACAGGCAAUCAAGCACAAGAACUUAG